AAAAUGGAUCUUCCCUGGUAUUCUCUUCUAGUUCCUCUGUUUUUCUUUCUUAUCUUCCUUAUUCAAUGCUUCUUUACUACUUCAAGUAAUCAAAAAAAGUUACCACCAUCUCCAAGAAAGCUUCCAAUCAUAGGAAAUCUCCAUCAACUUGGAUCACUUCCUCACCGUUCUCUCCAUAAACUAUCCAAAAAAUAUGGUCCACUCAUGCUACUUCACUUUGGCAGUAAGCCUGUGCUCGUUGCUUCCUCUGUCGAAGCUGCUCGUGAUAUCAUGAAAACUCAUGAUCUCGUAUGCUCAAGCAGACCCAAAUCUAGUUUGGCUGAUAGACUCUUUUAUGGCUCUAGGGACGUGGGCUUUACUCCAUAUGGUGAAUACUGGAGACAAAUUAGAAGCAUAACGGUGCUUCACCUUCUCAACAACAACAGAGUCCGAUCUUACCGUGAUAUUAGAAUAGAAGAAACAUCGAAUAUGAUUGAAAAAAUCAGACAAGAGUGUGUUUCUUCAAAUUCAGUGAUAGAUUUAAGAGAUCAUAUUUGUUUUAUGACUGGUAACAUAAUUAGCAGAGUGGCGUUAGGGAGGAUAUAUAAUGAAAGGGAAAGUGGAAUAUAUGCAAAGGCCAUCCUAGCAGAAUUUGUUCAACUUUUGGGUACUUUUAACGUUGGGGAUUUUAUUCCUUGGCUGGAAUGGGUCAAUAAAAUCACUGGUUUAGACACCAAAGUGGAGAAAGUAGCUCAAAAAUUGGAUACAUUUUUAGAGAGUGUGAUCGAGGAACACAUUAUUAGGCACAAUAAAGAAGAAUACAGUACGGGCGAAGCUAAAGAUUUCGUGGAUGUUUUGCUGGAAAUUCAGAAUGGAAAGGAAACUGGUUUUCGUCUUCACAGGGAUUCAUUGAAAGCUAUCCUCUUGGAUAUAUUUGCUGCUGGUACAGAUACAACAUAUACAACUCUAGAGUGGAUAAUGGCAGAGCUUUUGAGACAUCCAAGAGUCAUGGAAACAUUACAGAAUGAAGUGCGAGGAUUAGCACAAGGGAAAGAAGAGAUAACAGAGGAUGACUUAGGAAAUAUGCACUAUCUUAAAGCAGUAAUCAAAGAGACACUUAGGCUUCAUCCACCCGCUCCUCUACUAAUUCCUCGAGAAUCAACGCAAGACAUAAAAUUACUUGGCUAUCAAAUACCUGCUAAAACCCAAGUCAUUAUCAAUGCUUGGACAGUCGGAAGAGAUCCUUUAUCAUGGGAAAAUCCAGAGGACUACAGACCAGAGAGAUUCUUAAAUAGUGAUAUUGAUUUCAAAGGAUUAAACUUUGAGUUGAUUCCAUUUGGAGCAGGCAGAAGGGGCUGCCCAGGAACUACUUUUGCUGUUGUGAUAAAUGAGCUAGCAUUAGCAAGGCUUAUGCACAAGUUCAAUUUUUCAUUACCAGAAGGGUUAAAACCGGAGGAUUUGGAUAUGACCGAAGACAAUGGCAUCACUAUUCAUAGGAAAUCACCUCUGCUAGCAGUGACCACUCCAUGCUCUAGUUAUUAUUAGGAGUUCUUCUCUUCAUUUGUACUUUUUUUACCCAUCCCUAAGGAGUUUCCACUUUUUUUCGCUCGAUGGCUCGAACUCACGUACUUAUAUAUUAUGCAGAUCACUUAUCUUAGGCACCAAUAUAUGCCAUGGAAUAAUACUUCCCAGUA